CCUCCUGAGGUGGGAUCCGCACCGCAGGACUCAACAGUUCAACUCUGGACGAGCGGAGAGGAGGCACAGGCUCCUUCCGAAGAUGUGAAGACAAACACUGCGUUACAGCGCCGCGACUCCCAGCUAGCUCCGUUCUACGGCUUUUUCCCCCCCCUCGGAGAAAUAAUUUCUAGUGAAUGCAGUUUGCAACAGUACUACACUUUUUUUUUUUUUUUUUUUUUUUUUUUUUACAAAUUAUUAUUUUUUAAAUCUUUUGCAUUUGUGAGCUUUCGCUAUGGCAGUUCAGUCCACAUCCGGGCCACAAUGCCUUGACUCCAUUAUUGUCUAAAACUGGCGGAGAGGUUGAUAAACCUUGUCUUUUUUUUUUACACUUAACAUCACAUUUUUAUUAAUACGUGCAGUAAAGGCUGGACCCAAGAGGAGAUGUCUAACCAAGGAGUUCGGCGGAAUGGCCCUGUGAAGCUGCGACUAACAGUCCUUUGUGCCAAAAACCUGGUGAAGAAGGACUUCUUCCGCCUCCCUGAUCCCUUCGCUAAGGUAGUUGUGGACGGUUCAGGGCAAUGCCACUCUACAGACACUGUGAGGAACACACUUGACCCCAAGUGGAAUCAACACUAUGACCUAUACAUUGGAAAAUCAGAUUCCAUCACUAUCAGUGUGUGGAACCACAAGAAGAUUCACAAGAAGCAAGGGGCUGGCUUCCUGGGCUGUGUCCGCCUUUUGUCCAACGCUAUCAACCGCCUUAAAGACACCGGCUGUAAGUACCAGAGACUAGACUUGAACAAGCUGAGUCCCAAUGACAGUGACACAGUCAGAGGCCAGAUAGUGGUGAGCUUGCAGUCUAGGGACCGGAUAGGCACAGGAGGCCCUGUGGUGGACUGCAGUCGGCUGUUUGACAAUGAUCUUCCAGAUGGCUGGGAGGAGAGGAGGACCGCGUCUGGACGAAUCCAGUACUUGAACCACAUCACACGCACCACACAGUGGGAGAGGCCUACCAGACCCGCAUCAGAGUACUCCAGCCCCGGCCGGCCUCUCAGCUGCAUCGUGGAUGAGAAUACGCCAGUCAGCACGAACGGAGCCACGCCCACCAUAGCAUUGCCGCCGAGCGACGGUGGUGACCAGCGGGCCCAGGAGAGACGCGUCCGCUCCCAGAGACACCGCAACUACAUGAGCAGAACCCACCUGCACACGCCCCCAGACCUCCCCGAGGGAUAUGAGCAGAGGACCACGCAGCAAGGCCAAGUGUACUUCCUCCACACUCAGACAGGUGUCAGCACGUGGCACGACCCCAGAGUACCCAGAGAUCUGAGUAAUGUGAACUGUGAGGAACUGGGUCCUCUCCCUCCUGGAUGGGAGAUACGGAACACAGCCACUGGGAGGGUUUACUUUGUUGACCACAACAAUCGAACCACGCAGUUCACAGACCCACGCCUCUCUGCCAAUCUGCAUCUAGUCCUAAAUCCAAGCCCCAAUGGUUCUCGAGGAGUCAUCGAGAGUCAGAAUGUCAGUCGUCAGAACCAGUUGAAGGAUCAGGCCCAGCAGGCUCUGGUGUCCCCUGCUCAGCUCCCAGAGGAGGCAGAGUGCCUCACAGUGCCCAAAUACAAGAGAGACCUUGUUCAGAAGCUCAAGAUUCUCCGCCAAGAACUGUCCCAGCAGCAGCCUCAGGCUGGCCACUGCCGCAUAGAGGUGUCCCGUGAGGAGAUCUUUGAGGAAUCGUAUCGACAAGUGAUGAAGAUGAGGCCGAAGGACCUGUGGAAAAGGCUAAUGGUGAAGUUCAGAGGAGAAGAGGGGCUGGACUACGGAGGAGUGGCCAGAGAGUGGCUCUAUCUGCUGUCGCACGAGAUGCUGAACCCGUACUAUGGCUUGUUCCAGUACUCCCGCGAUGACAUCUACACCCUGCAGAUUAAUCCGGACUCUGCUGUCAACCCUGAGCACUUGUCAUACUUUCACUUCGUGGGCCGUAUCAUGGGGAUGGCAGUGUUCCACGGCCACUACAUAGAUGGAGGCUUUACUUUACCCUUCUACAAACAGCUGCUGGGUAAACCCAUCACCCUGGACGACAUGGAGUCUGUAGACCCCGACCUGCACAACAGCCUCGUCUGGAUCCUGGACAAUGACAUCACAGGUGUGCUGGACCACACCUUCUGCGUAGAACACAACGCCUACGGAGAGAUCAUUCAGCAUGAGCUCAAGCCCAAUGGCAAGAGCAUCCCCGUCACCCAGGACACCAAGAAAGAAUACGUCCGGCUCUAUGUCAACUGGCGUUUCCUGCGAGGCAUUGAGGCCCAGUUCCUGGCUCUGCAGAAGGGCUUCAAUGAGGUCAUCCCCCAACACCUGCUCAAGGCUUUCGAUGAGAAGGAGCUUGAGCUGAUUGUAUGUGGCCUGGGUAAAAUCGACAUCCAUGACUGGAAGUCCAACACGCGGCUCAAACAUUGCACUCCAGACAGCAACAUAGUUAAAUGGUUUUGGAAAGCUGUGGAGUCCUUCGACGAGGAGCGCAGAGCCCGGCUGCUGCAGUUUGUCACCGGCUCUUCCAGGGUUCCCCUGCAAGGCUUCAAAGCCCUCCAAGGUGCUGCUGGCCCACGCCUCUUUACCAUCCACCAGAUUGAUGCCAGCACCAACAACCUGCCCAAAGCCCACACUUGUUUCAAUCGGAUUGACAUUCCUCCCUACGAGCACUACGACAAACUGUACGACAAGUUGCUCACUGCCAUCGAGGAGACGUGUGGUUUUGCCGUGGAGUGAGUCACUGGUGCAGGCAGAGCUCAGCAACAACCAGAAGCAACAUGGUUUGGCCAUGAUCAGCAUCCCCCCCCCCCCCCCCCCCUUUAUUUUUUUUUUAGAAAUCAAUCCACUCAGAUAGAGGGUGGGUGGGUGUGGGGGGAAGGGCAUCCACGGUUGCUUCACCCAGGGAUGCCCAAACUUCCCCGGGAACAUGUGGCCAAGCUAAAGGAAGGUGUGCAAAGAAGACCAGAAAAUAUCAUCUAACUUUGGGGGUUAGACCCUCCAGCCCUUCUUUAUGUCUUUUUUUUUAUCAUUGAAAAGGAUCUCUUCAGCUGCUAAUAACUCAGACUAUUUACUAACUUGUGGAAGCUGCAGAAUUUGGCGGUUCUUCCCUUUUUUUUUCUAAGAUCAUUUUAGCAUUUUAAAAAAUACUGUAUUCCAUGUAGCAAUGCUCCCUCUCACCAAGCUGAACACAGUCAGCCCUGCACUCUGAAACAAUACCCUGCAUUAACGAGACUGGUUUGUUUACUAGAGCACAGGGUUUAUUAACGGUUGCCACAACCACUUUGAAACACUAAAUUUGGACACGGAGUGUGCAUGACUCAGGCUGUUUGGUGCCUCGGAGUGAUCACAUUGAAGCUAUCAGUAACGCCAAGGCUGGAAAAAACACAGGGAUGUGUGCGGAUGAAAAGACAAGACUAGACACUGAAUUAGGCUGAGCCCGACUGUUUACAACCCUCUCCAAAGACUGCAGCGGGGAUCUCCACUCCCGAGUCGCUGCCAAACAUCUAGCGUUGCAUUCCCAACACACCUAUUUCACACGUUUGACAGCUAAAUUUUGUUUAAAAAAAAAAAAAAAAAAAAGAAUAAAUGAAUGAAUAGCUUGAAAUGUGUUAUUUUUAUAUAACAGGGAAUACUGAAAAAGAAUCAAUAAAAUUCUAUAUAAUAUAUAUAAUUUAUUGCUGUUUCAGAUAUUUCAGAAACCCCUUUCCAUUGUUUCAGAAAAAUAAAACCUUUUAAUGUUAAGUGUUGCUGUUUUAAAUUAUACAAGACAAUUUGUGAAAAAAACAGAAUUAAGCUUGACUGAAUUUCAAUUAAGAAUGCUGUAGUUUAUUUCUUGGCAUCACCUCUCAUACUGUGCAAGGAGAGGGAUGUCUUUAAGGGCAAAAAAAAAUCUUAAACACACAAUGUCCUCUGAGUGCCAUAAUCUUUUUUUUUUUUAAUGAAUGAAUGAAUCUUUGCAAGUAUUGAGCGGACCCUUUAAAUUCUACUGAUUUCAUCCUGGAGCUACAUACGGUGAAGUAACGUUUCCCCGUCUAUUACGAAUUUUUUAGCAGUUUGUCAUUUGUAGCUGGGCUAUAUUUAUGUCACAAGCAUGAAAGGUACCACAAAUUUCUAAUGUUCUUUUCAGAAUCCAAGAGUCCAAAGUCCGUCAUGAUCUACUUUGUGAUGCCUCCAUAUUGUUGUUGGAGGUGGGGGAGAAAAGGAAAAAGAAGAAAAACCUCUACUACCUUCUAGCCAUGUGGUGCUAAAAAAAAGCAUUAACGUUUGUCUUAUAUUGGCAACCUUUACUCAUUGACAUACUACUGUUUAAAGUGCACAACACGCUACUCAUGCUCAUACCUGUUUGUGGCCGCAAAAGAGCUCUUAACCUAGCCACAUUCUCAGGAGAUGUCAUAUGUAGUUUGUAAUGUCAUUUGAUUUGACGACUGACGAGAAACUAAUUCUGACCAUUUGUCUUGAUUUUUACUUUUUCUGAAUGUUUAAAGAGGUUGAACAGUCCUGUCACGUGCGUCGUUUGUUGUUGCCCACAGCAGACCAUUAACAUCUAGUAACUGUUGCAUGUCUCCAUAUGUGCUUUUUGAUUGAAAGUGAACUGAAUGAGAUGAACUCCUGUUUUAGCCUGCUACACAGUCCUAUCAGUAAUGUUUUAUUUAGAGAAAGUGAGGGGAGUGGGAGG